AUGGCCUCCCCACCCCCCUCCCCCCUCACCACCACCAGCGCCGCCUCCGCGCCGCCCGACAACUCCAACAAACCCGCCGCACCCCCCGUGCACGUCCUCCCAACCCAACUCGCAACCAUCUACUCCUACAUCCACCCAGCGGCGCUACUCUCCGCCUUCGCCGCGCGAUUCCCCGCGCUGGUCAACGACCCCGUCGCAGAAAUGGCCCAGCAAUUGCCCCUCCUCGCCCUCGCGCACGUCGCCUACGUGAUGAUUUGUCUCCCGGCCGCGGGCUCCUCGGAUUCUACUACUUCCACCACCACCACCACUCCCGCUUCGCCGUCUACUCCCACCGCCUCCAGCGCCUCCUCCACAGGAACAACCACCGGUACCAACGAAAAAGGAGGAAAUGUGAUCCUCCGUCCCGGCCGCGUCGGCCGGCGGCGCACGAAGGACUCGUCUUCGUCGUCGGCGACGGCCUCGGCGAUUAGUGGGCGGGUUGUUGCUUCGCUAUUAUCCUUGACAUUGACAACCCUCCUCGCCACCCCCGUCCUCAGCAUCCUUCUUGUUCUCUUUGGCGCCCCGUUCACGACUCAUCAUGCUCAGACGGUUCUGUGUGCGGCGCAUAUGGCUAUUCUGUCGUCGACGGCGCUGGUGUAUGUUCAUGGCGUGGAUGGGAAUGUGUGGAAGGAGGUGUGGGGGGCUAAGAGGCCGGGGGAUAUCGUUUGGGGUGGUGCGUUGGGGACUUGUGUGGGGGCUUGGUUGGGGGCGGUGCCGGUGCCGCUUGAUUGGGACCGUCCGUGGCAGGCGUAUCCGAUUACCUUGUUGACGGGGGCGUAUAUCGGGUUUGUGGUCGGGUCGGUGCUGGGGAGGUCGGUGUUGUUUGGGAAGAGGAUUCGGUUUGAGGAGGGGGAGGAUGUGAAGAAGGUUGAGUAG